AGUAGCAUACACGCAUUUCGUAAUUGUUUAUUUAUUAUUUUUUAUUUUAUUUUAAGAAGUUUCUGUUCUUGCUUGAACUUGAACCUUCUAAAAUGGACAUGAAGAAGCGACUCACCUUAGAGCUGAGGAACCGGAAGGCAGCUGAGGUUAAAGAAAUGGUUUUGGAUAACUGCCGUUCAGAUGAUGGCAAGAUUACAGGUCUUACAGUGGAGUUUGUGAACCUGGAAUUCUUGAGCAUGAUAAACAGUAACUUGGUGUCCGUAGCUAAUAUUCCCAAAUUGGAGAAAUUAAGAAAGAUGGAGCUUAGUGAUAACAGAAUUUCAGGUGGUCUGGAAGUGCUUGCAGAGAGGACACCAAAUUUAACACACUUGAAUCUCAGUGGGAACAAGAUUAAAGACAUAAACACUCUGGAACCACUUAAAAAACUAAAUCACCUCAUGAGUUUAGAUUUAUUCAACUGUGAAGUCACCAUGCUGAAUAACUACAGAGAGAGUGUAUUUGCGCUGCUGCCCCAGUUAACUUAUCUUGAUGGUUUUGAUGCUGAUGACCAAGAGGCACCUGAUUCUGAUCCGGAGCCAGAUGGUGAGGAUGUGGAUGAAAAUGGAGAAGAAGGGGAGGAUGAAGAAGAGGAGGAAUUUGAUGAAGAUGAGCUUGAUGAAGAUGAAGUAGAUGAUGAGCCUGACUCUGAGGAGGGAGAAGAUGUAGAAGAGGAGGAGGGAGAAGAGGAAGAAGAUGAAGAUGCACCCCAGGGAGAAAAGCGAAAAAGGGAUUUGGAAGAUGAAGGUGAUGAUUUUGAGGAAGAGGAUGAUGAAUAAUACUCGAAAGGCAACCUGGAUCUUUUUAUGGACUGUGGGCUGGCUAUCAGUACAUGUGAUGGUGCCUGCUGAUGGGUACACUACUGUAGACAUCUGUCAGCCCAUCCACCCCCACCUGUUAAAGGUUUUGUUUUUUUUCCCCCCCCUCCUUUCCUCCUCCUGUGUGUAGAGAAAUUAGACUUCUGGUCUGAAUGAAAAUGUUUGCUGCUUUAUUUAAACAGAUGGCCGGCUGACUCAUUUGCAGAGUCGGAUCGUAGAAAUUAUAUCUAUCUAUAUCUAUCAUUUUUUUUUUUUUUCCUCAUCCAUCCCACGUCCCUUGGAAUUUUCUGUGAAAGUUCUGUGGUUCCUCUGAUCUGUGAAUGUUGCACGGGUGUUAAAAAUAUGAGGAUGAUUCCAAAGACAGUCUCCCUCUAUCAUGCAUUCUUGUUUUUCAUUCAGGUCUUAAUAUUUUUUGCUUUCUCCAGUAUGAUUUAACCUCUUUGCGUUUUUUUGGCAAGAACACUUAAUGAUUUUGUAAAAAAUAAGUUUGAAACUAUUUCAUUUCUUUACCUCUUCAAGCUGCUGAAGUAGUACGGUGUUCCCUCAAGAAACAAUGGCCUCGGGACACUAUUUUCAUUAUACAAUGGGCCAUCGUAAGUUUAAACUAGACACAACAUGCAGUGCCUCACUCAUAUCCAACCACUAAACAUGACCUUUUCUGUGUUUAAAACAUCUUUAAUGACUGUAGUACUACAUGCCCUGCACUGAACCGUUUCUGUGCCAGGAUGAGCUGCUUCUUUGGAGGGCAGCUCCAUUUUACUUUUCUGGUACAAUGUGUGCAAUACAGGUUCCUGAAGAGGCUCCUGUCCUCAUUGUAGAAAGUGAUUUACAGUUUCCAGCACCUAUAAGUGACUUAAGUUUUAAGUAUUUGUCUUAAUCAUUACUAUGAUCAUCCCAGAACCAAUUCAUUCUGUAACUUGAGGGACCACUGUACUCCCCAGAGCAUACUGACAUUGUAUAUGCAGUGAUUUUGGCAAUGCAAUAAGCACUAUGGUUGCACACUAAAUUACAUUAGUUAUAGGCCCGGUAUUGGCAUUGUUAACUUCAUCUAAGAUUAAAGUUUCUGCAAGGCUGCAUUCCUCUUCUAAAACCUACUUGGAUACUUCUGAGCAUCCUCCUCUUUGAUUUCUUAGGCUACUUUCACACUAGCGUUU